AUGGGGCAAGCAGUCAAUUCUGUUAGUGUGAACAACUUUCCAGGCCUAAAAACACAAGGUAUUUCACUUGGUCGUGCUGAUCUUGAAGUUGGUGGAGUCGCUAUGCCUCAUGUGCAUCCAAGAGCAACAGAGGCUGUAUUUGUGCUUGAGGGGGCAGCUUAUGCACGAUUUGUCGAUACACAGUACAAAGUUUUUGCUAAGGUGCUUGAACAAGGUGAGGUCAUGGUGAUUCCAAGGGGUCUAGCGCACUUCCAUCUGAACCUUGGAGAAAAACAAGCAACACUUCUGGGCAUUUAUAAUAGCGAAAAUCCUAGAAUGUCCAUGAUUUCAACUGCGUUGUGUAAUCUAUGGAUCAUGCUAAAGCAGCCGUGUAAUAAUGAAUCGAUGCAUCUGAAAUUUGAGGCCAUCUUAUCCUUCUACGUUGGAUCGAUGCUUGCUUCAUCUCUUAAAUACGUGUCUGGUUAUAAGUUAUAUAGUUCAAAGUUAGGUGGUGCAUUGGAUUCUAUGGUUAUUGAUAGUCUCUCAGUCCCUUUGACCUUCAUGGCUAAGACCCCAUAG